AUGCUUGAACUUUACGAUACAACACUCAGAGACGGAAACCAAGGGGAGGGGGUCUCUUUCUCCGUUGAGGACAAGCUGCUUAUCAUCAAAGCCCUUGACCGUCUGGGCAUCCAUUACAUCGAAGGCGGAUAUCCCGGCUCAAAUCCAAAAGAUAUGGAGUUUUUCAAAGGUGCGAAGUCACUUCAACUCCAGCAGGCGGUAGUCGUGCCUUUCGGCAGCACGCGCCACCCACGCUAUCAACCCGGCGAAGAUCCCAAUCUUUUAGCGUUACUGGAUACGGGUGCCCGCACUGUCACGAUUUUCGGAAAGAGUUGGGAACUCCACGCCACAGACGUACUUCGUGUCACAGCACAGGAGAACAUCGAACUUAUCGAAAGCUCAGUCCGUUUUCUGGUCGAGAACGGACGUGAGGUCAUAUACGACGCAGAACACUUCUUUGACGGCUAUGACGACCAGCCGGAUUACGCCCUGCAAACACUCAAAGCGGCAGCCCAAGCCGGCGCAAGAUGCGUCGUAUUAUGCGACACGAACGGGGGACGCUUGCCCCUAGAAAUUCAGGAAGGUGUACGAGCCGUCAUAGCGGAGAUUGGUCUGCCGGUCGGCAUCCACACCCAUAACGAUGCUGGCAUGGGGGUCGCAAACGCUAUCCUUGCUGUGCAAGCGGGUGCCGCUCAUGUACAGGGAACGUUCAACGGCUACGGUGAACGCUGCGGUAAUGCGAACCUCGCCUCUAUCAUCCCGACGCUCAAACUCAAGCUGGGGAUUGACUGCAUCAGCGGGGAGGGACUCAACCAAUUGACAGAGACAUCACGCCUCAUCAGUGAAUUGGCGAACCUGCCGCACGACGAGCGUCAACCGUACGUCGGGAGUUCUGCUUUCGCCCACAAAGGCGGUAUGCACAUUGAUGCUGUGCGCAAGAAUUCACGCACCUUUGAACAUAUAGAUCCGGAGCUAGUUGGCAAUGAGCAACGCAUCCUAAUCUCAGAUCAGGCGGGCAAAAGUGCUAUCCUGAAAAAGAUCGAAAGACGCUAUCCAAAUUACGACAAGAAUUCACCGGAAGUCAUUGCCCUUUUUGAUCGGUUGAAAGAGGCGGAAAAUGAAGGCUACCAAUAUGAGGCCGCCGAUGCGUCAUUUGAGCUGCUGACCCGUACACUCCUAGACGGCUAUCAGCCAUUUUUUGAUCUGCUCGGAUUUCGUGUGAUUAUUGAAAAAGUCAAAGACCAUGGCAUCCGGUCUGAAGCGACGAUUAAAGUAAUGGCACCCGAUGGUGAGGUCGAACAUACCGCCGCUGAUGGCGAUGGCCCCGUCAAUGCCCUCGACAGCGCCCUGCGCAAAGCCCUUGAGCGUUUUUAUCCUUCGCUACAGGAGGUCCAUCUGACCGACUAUAAGGUACGCGUUUUGGACACCCAAGCUGGCACCGGCGCAAAAGUUCGAGUGCUGAUUGAAGCAAGUGAUGGGCGAGAGUAUUGGGGUACGGUUGGCGUAUCAGAAAACAUCAUACAGGCAAGCUGGGAAGCCCUCACCGAUAGCUUGGAGUACAAGCUCUACAAAGACAGCCGUGAGACGUAA